CAGCCUCGCCAUGGGCCACCCAUGGCCACCUCCGCGCUCUCCUGCCCCUGCUCCCCCACCUUCCUCCGGCGACGCGUCCCCGCCUGCGCCACCGGCUUCCGCCCUCGCCCUCCUCCUCCCGCCCUCCACCGCCGCCGCGUCCGCCUCGGCCCCCUGCACGUUGUGGAUGACUCCAAGGAGGUAGAGACGGCGGUGGCUGAGGCUGCCGGCGGCGAUGAGAGGUCGCAGACGGACAAGCUGGUGGACGGGAUGGACUUCGGGGAGCUCUGCAACGACUUCGAGUGCAUAAGCAGCCCCUACGUGGAGGCCACGGCGAGGCAGCUCGCCCGCGACAUCCUCGAGCUCCGCGACGACAACCGCGCCUUCAGCUGCUACGCCGUCUCCGUUAAAUACUCGGACCCGGUCAGGACAUUUGUGGGACGGGAGAAGUACAAGAGGCCAUUGUGGAUCACCAAGGCACUGGAAAACCCCACAGUGACAGUCCAGGAAAUGUCAAUGCAAUCGACAAGCAUGCUGACCAUCAAAUGGACAAUCAGAGGCAAACCUAAGAAUCCUUUCUUCGCAACAAUCGGAGGAGACCUGAUCGUCCGUGUUACCUCACAGUUCGUCUUGAACCAGAUAAGUGGCCAAGUGCUCGAGCAGGUCGACUCAUGGGACCUUUCUGCCUCGUCUCCUCCUGCCCAGGCCUACUUUUGGUUCUCCAGGAGGGUCUACUCUACUGUUGAAGCCGGAAAGGACACCAUCGAAGCUGCAAAGGGCACGGCUUCUCGGCUAUCAACAAAGAAAGAUGAGAACUUGGAGGCUUAUCCGGAUCCAUCAGGGGAUCCUACUAAGUUCUUUCAGAGGCCGGAUGAUGGAUUGACCCAAGAUGUGUACCAGAUUGCGCUUUUCCUGGCCAUUCUCUACUUCAUUGUACAGUUUUUGAAAACGACUCUGUGAUUGUACUAGCUUCAACAGUAUCAACUCUUCCUGAAGCCCUGACCUAAUUCUCCAGGUCAUGCUUUUGUGUAUAAGUGCAUGCAUAUAUGUGUAUGAUCUAUUUCUAACAAAAUAUUAUCAUAGA